UUAAAAAUCUUUUUAUCAUUAUUCAAAUGUGUACCUCCAUAUGGACGUAGGAGAUUAGGUGUUAAAGCAAAGCCUUCAUCGCCAACUAGUAUAAACGGUAAUUCCUCGUGCAUGUUUGUAUGAAGUGGUCGAGGCUUUGGUACAUUUAAAGUACCAUCAUUGAUUUUUUUCCAAAAUAUACUAUCCUUUAAUAUAGUGGAAUCGCAUUCCUUGCCAUACGAGCCCACACUGAUAAAAAUAAAUCGGUACUCUGAAUCGACAAUUGCCAUUAAUACAAAAGAAUAAUAUUCCUUGUAAUUAAAGAACAUAGAACCACUCUUGGCUGGCUUCAAAAUUCUAAUAUGUUUGCCAUCUACUGCUCCAAUACAGUGAGGAAAGUUGGCUUUUCUUUCGAAUCUUAAAGCGAUGUCCUCCCAUUCUCUCUCAGUAUCAGGCAGCUUAAGAAAAUCUGUCUGUAGGCUUUCCCAAAUGACGUUGCUCAUUUCUUUUAUUAUUUUACUUAUUGUCGAAACGCCUACUCUGUAUGAGUAAUGUAUUUCUUUGAAUGAACAUCCUGAAGCUAAAUAUCUGAAAAAAGUAUAUUUUGUUACUACAUAUUACAUUAUAUGUCACCAAUAAAUAAAUUCAAUUCUGAUAUUUUUUUAUUUAUUUCAGGAAAACUGGUUUCAACUAAAUGGAAUAAUAUACGAGAUUCAUGGCUUAAGACGGUGAAAAAACAAAAAGAUGAGUCUAAAUCUGGAUCUUCGGCCAAAAAGACACGAAAUUAUUUAUAUCACGAGCAAUUAAUGUUUUUGAAAAAGGUCUCCGAACCUCGACCGCCUCAUGAGUCGGGUUCAAAAAAAGCAAGAACCGAGACUGAAGUAGGCAUGGAAUCAGAUUUUCGUUCAUCUUUAAUUAAAGAUAAAAGAACAAUUGAUAAUAAAGAAGUAAAUGAGAAGAUGUCAAAGUUUUUGGAUUCCAGAAUGAACCCAGAAAAAGAAAACCAUCAUCUUUCUUUUUUCAAAGGCAUUAUACCAGUCUUGAACACUUUAACUAUCGAAGAGACUUUAGAAUUUCAAGCCAGCGUCCUGACAAUGUUGCAAAAAAUUAAAAGUAGGAAUUAUGAGAGAGAGAAUUACGGACAUUGGCGUCAUUAUAAUCAGAUGACCGGACCAGAUCAGUAUACUCGCUCUGGAUACUACACACAUCCUAAUCAACAGGCGACACCUACGCAAGAUCAACACUCUGGAUACUCUACAACACCUAUACCAUCAACUUCUUCCCAAAUUCCAGUGAAUCCAGUUUCGCCAACAGCAUCUACUCAUUCCAUAUACUCCCAAGAGUCAGAAUAUUUAGAUUUUGAAGGGUUUUAAAUUUGAGUACAAAUAAAUACUUAAGUGACUAAUUUGCAUUUUUAAUUAAUAAUUAUUUAUUGUCAAAAGAACACACACACACACUUUACCUUAAACAAAUGGCCAAUCUUUGUUCUGGGCAAAUACAUUCUCUAAAACUUGUAUUUCGUACUCUUAUGCCUGGUGAAAGUCGUCCCAGUAAAUCGUCAAAAGUGGUUGUUGUCAUUCGAAAAUAAUUGAAGAACUUUGAUCCGUCACUUCUAAGUUCACCCAUCAAUGUUUCAAAUGUCCCUAGUGUAAAUCUUUCCCGUAAAAUAGGAUGUACCCAAUACUUUCUUCUUUUAUUUUGCCUUCUGUACCACCACCACCACAACACAACAAUUUCGUCGUCCAUUGUGGGCACAGGUCCAAAUUCAACUGAGGUGCUUUAAAUGUGAACACUCUGUCCGGUGUCCGGUUUCCGGCAGAUCUGCCGGUCCGGCAUAGUGGGAACCCGGCCUUAGG